GGUCGGAGCUCAUGCACCAACUGCAGACACAGAACACCGCGUGUGCACUAAACAUGGGGCCAUAACGAAACGACGACGAUAUGGCGGGGGUCAAAAUGCGAUUAGUGCGGACGUUGAUAGUUUAUUAUACCUCAGUGGUUGAUAGAUUUGAUUGGACAGAUCCGCUGCUGCAUGUAUUUCCCAACAUGACUGCAUGAGUGCUCCAUUCAGGUAAAAUAGCCUGUAUCUUGUUGUUAAAUUGUAGCCUAUCCUGAUGAAAUUGUGUUAAAUGAAAAUCAUAGAUGUCAUAAAUUGUUUCAUGUUUAUUUGCCCACGCUCGGCUCGAGUCUAAGCAGCCAGUGGCCUCAUUAAUUCAAUCGGUCAUGGACGUUAUUCUUCAUUGCCAUACGCUAGCAUGGAAUCAUAAGCACUAUAACGCACAUAGUUAAGAAAGGCUCUGUACCGGACUGUGUGAAUCUAAGUUAUGAGAACCACCCGGAAGCCCCGAUCUUCUCCAGGCACCAAGCUGCUACUGGGACGCUGCUACCGGCUCCGGAUGUCCCGAGUUCGGGUGCUUCUCGUAUGCCUAUGUGGGAUGCUGGCUAUAGCUCUGACACUUGGAUUAUCUUUCUCGAGUAAUGAUACAAGCGAUGAUGAUGACAGUAUUCAUAUGGACGAUAACACACAAUUUCGUGUGCCAGACCUAAUAAGGGACAAGUUGACCCAUAACCCCCGUCGGGCCACUGUGGCCCAGAUCAAGCGUCUGGUGGGCCAGGUGAAUUCAGGUAGACUGUGGUACUCUCUCCUGAGGCCCAUCCUGGUAGAGAGACUGCCAGGUACCAGGGGCAGCCGUAGGGUGCGUGAGCAUAUCUACAGCCAUCUAGAGUUCUUGUCAGCGGGUUGGUCGUUGGAGGUCGACUCCUUCAACUCUGCUACCCCAAAGGGUAUAAUCACCUUCUCCAACCUGCUGGCAGUCCUGGACCCCUCGGCCCCGCGCCGUCUGCUGCUGGCCUGCCACUACGACUCUAAGGCUAUGCUCCCAGCUUCCAAAACCCCCGACGGGCCUCUCAGGAGGUUCCUAGGGGCCAGCGACGCGGCCGUCCCCUGUGCUAUGAUACUGGAGCUGGUGACUGCUCUGGACGUCCACCUGAAAGUGCUAAAACAACAGAAGUCACAGGUGACUUUGCAGUUGGUCUUCUUUGAUGGUAAUGAGGCGUUUGAUCAGCCGAGCCCCUCCGACUCUCUGUACGGCUCACGUUACCUUGCUGAACAAAUGUCCCGUACACCUCACCCUCCAGGAGCUGAACAUACCACCCUGUUACAUGCUUUGGACCUGUUUGUUCUUUUGGAUCUGAUUGGUGCCCCUGACCCAAUGUUUGUCAACCACUUUGACGACACUGUUCGCUGGUUUGAUGAGCUGAUAUAUGCAGAGAGGAGGCUCCAUAAGCUGGGUCUGCUGUCCUCCCACCCCAAAGAGGUGAGCUACUUCAGGAAGGACAUAAACCUGGGCCCUGUGGAGGACGACCAUGUGCCAUUCCUCCAGCAGGGGGUUCCAGUCCUACACAUGAUCACAACGCCCUUCCCCUCCUUUAUGCACACUCUGGAGGACACAGCGGAACACAUCCAUUCUCAGACUAUCGAGAACCUCACCAAGGUGCUAGUGGUGUUCCUUGCUGAAUACAUAGGACUCUGACUGACGUUUCCUCCCUUUAAUGUUGCUCAUAGACAUGUAUCCUUUAGACUUUAUGCCACAAUCACCCAGCCGCAUUUUAUAAUACCAGCCACUCUCCCACAUAAUCAAUUUACAAUCAUCAAAGUCCUAUCAUACCAUGCCUUUUCUCUACAUCACCUAUAUCUCUCGUUCUAGAAUCUAUACCCUAGUAGUCUUGUUGUUGUUUUUUUUUCAUCCAUUCUGGAGCCAUACUCGAAAACGGUUUAAAUUAGGAUUGUGAUUAUAGAGGCCUUUUAUAUACCCUGUCCCUCUCAUUCCCAUGAUCCAUGUGGAACUCAGACUUAUGCAAAAACAGAAUGAUGAACUUGAUUAGGUGCCUUUUCUCAAUACGUUCAGUAAAUGAGGUUGUGAACACUAGAGUAUAUAGUGUUUCCCAAUGAGUGAAGUUCAAGCUAGAUCAUGUGGAUAAAAAAAGAUUAAAAUGCUAUAUAAAGAGGUGAUAUACAGACAUUACUGUACAUAUUUGUUCCCCAAAAAUCACUUAUAUGUUUAGGACAGACAGUCCAGUAAUAAUAUAGCAAUAAAUAUGUGCUUUGGGAAGUGCUAGAUUAUAUGGGAUAUAAUUGUGUAUUAACAGUGCCUUCAGAAAGUAUUCACACCCCUUGACUUUAUUCACAUUUUGUUGUGUUACAGCCUGAAUUGAAAAUGGAUUAAAUGUAGAUUUU